GUUGUGUUGAUGCUUGUGGGGAAGGAUUUUCACACCGGACACGGUUGUUGCUUACAUUUUUCUGAACAGGAACUGAACUGCAGGUGGAGGGAUGAGUCUCUCCCCUGUGAUUGGCACAGAAGUGCCAGAAACAGCUAACGGGGUUGUGACCCCCAUCUCUUCAGAGAACGGCCCUCACAUUCCAGUCUCGGUGAAAUGUGGGGGGAGCAGAGUGCCCUGUCAUGUAGAUGUGGAAAACAGAGUUUACGAUGGCGAUGGCCGCUUGGACACAGAGACAUACAAUAAUGGAAGAACAUCCAGUUUACCGUUACACACCUCUAAUGUGACAGACCCCUCCCUCCCUGCUGCCACAUGCACAGGAGACUCUGAAGACUCAGACUCAGGCUCCAAAGACACAGACACAGACAUUCAUGAGGCCUCUAACACUGUUGAGCCUCCUGGUGCAGCACUGCUACGGGACUCAUCACAGCAAGCACACUCCAAAGAGUCGUCUCAGCGAGGAGGCCCUGACACCACAGAUACACAUCAGACAGAGACAGAAACUGUAGAUGGAGACACUGACAGCAGAGACGAGGAGGAAGAUGGAGAGAAGGAGAAACAGGAUGAGGAGGACGAUGAGAAAAAUGAAAAGAAGUGGAUUCAUCAGUGUGCAGGAGGGAGAAAAGAGGUGGAGUCCUCACGACACUACUCCUCCUCAGCCCCUGGUCCAAGCACCUCGUCCUCUUCCUCUCCCCCACCUCCUCUUCUUCCCUCAGAUGACAUCCCCUGCCCUCCCCACGUCAUGGCCCAGGUCUGGGUUCGCAACGUGCGAGGGAUGCAGGACAGCAAGAGCCUGGAUGAAAUAAGCCAAGCGUGUGGAGGUGGCUCAGGGGCCCGGGGUGGGGGCAGAGGUGGUCAGUCAGAGGGCCGACGGGCCACAAUUUCCUCGGCUCUGGAGCUAGAGGGGACGGUUAGCCAUGAGGGUGACCUGACUAACUUUAUUACCAAGAAUCUGGAGCAGAAAAUCAAGAUGAGCUCCAAGCCCAGUCUGGACUGCAGUGACUCUGACUGUUCGGGUCCCAUCUACCGAAGCCGUGGGUUGUCACGAAGACCAGCAGACAUCCCUCCCAUUGAUCCUGCUGUCCUAUUGGAUCUUCAGAGACACACCCAGGAAGUAGCGCACAGUGUAGAGAUGAUGAUGCGGAGUCUUAAUGGAACCAUCCAGAAUAUGACCGCUCUGAGUGUGGGCUACAUCCAGACUUACAGAGACUCUGUUGACAGCCUGGGAGAAUCUGUGGACAUGAGUAUAAAGGGCAUGUACACACUGAUGGCUCGCUGUGAGGAGUUGGACCGUUCCAUGCAGCCCAUACACACCCUGGCUGCACAGAUCCGUGACAUCAAACGCACCCUGGACGCUCUGGAGGCGAUCUGCAAGUAACCCCACCUGUCUGGUAGGAAUACAUACCCCGGCUGCAGAGACCCAACAUCAAGCACAUCCUGAACGAGGCUGUCUGCAAGUAAACCCAUCUUUCUGCAGGUAGCACACACACACUGCAGCGAAGAUUAAGUGCACCUCUGGAUUCCUGGAACCAUUGCUACUAGGCAUGCUGGAUGAUUGCCGCUCAUAGUCCCUCCGCUUGUUCAUCAUUUGAAGAUGACCAUGUUUGUGUUGUGAGAUUUCAACUGAAUUGGGCUUGACUUGCUCUUGGGGCUGAGCUUUGUUUCUCGCUCUCUCUUUUUUUUUUUUUUUUUUUUUGGAAGCACUCUCACUUCCUCUAAUGAAGUUGUCGUGAAACAAAAUCUCACAAAGUAACCCAUCUUGGAGACACUUGGCUAAGUGCCCUGAAUACACAAACAUGUGUACACACAGACAUACACAGUACAAAAGGAUCCUUGAAGAUGUGUGGGUAGAUGGCGCCUUUUCCCAGUCUGAGGAAAAACUGCGUGUCAUUUCCGUCCAGCCCGCUUUGUUCAGAUUGCACUAACCUUUCCUGCUCACAUGGGGGCGAUGUUUCACUCUCUGUCUCUCUCCCUGCUCAUGGAGAGGCCAGUAUGAACUGCUCAGACGACAGUGACUCUUGCACAGGAACAGAAAGUCUAUUUUUUAAUCUUAUGCAAAAAAGAUCAAAAUCUUUCACUGCAGGCGAAACGAGGGGAGGGAAGCAUCAUGUCUGUAUGUCUGUUUGUCUUUAUUUUAAAUGUUUAUUUAUUCAGUUCUCUCAGCAUGCUUGGUUUUUCAACUACACUGCUACUCUGUGUCACUGGGAACUGACUAGUGCAGCAAGGUUUUUUCCACUGGUGGCCACUGAACAGCUCCAUUGGAGCAUCUGGAUUUUAAGCUCAAAUGUUGCUCAAAGGUAGUUGUUGAAGAUAAUGAAAGAGUUUUACUUCUUCUACUCAGAUUCACUCAGACUGGCAACCUUUAAACCAAUUUUCUGCUUCUCUAAUUUCAAGGUUCAGUUAAUAAUUAUUGAGAAAGAUUCUUGGCUGUCGAGUCUUACUACACGGUCUUCAAAUACCGGCAAUCUUGAUUUGAUGGUUGGAACAAACCACCAACCAAAAGUGUUGCUUUUUGACAACCUGGUAAGGAGACUUAACAAUCAACUAUCUUUCUCCAGAACUACACACUGUGCUUUUAAAGCUACCAGCCAUGUGUCAUUAGGUCUAAAACCUUUCCAUCUCUGUGUUAAUGCAAUCUAGGAUGAUUGGGAACAUGUAAAAAUAUCUCAUGUAGCCCAAACAGUGGCUUGAAAUAUUUGAAAACCAAUGCUAAUGAAUUUAGCCAACUUAAAGAUUUUUCAUGAAAUUUAAAGUUAUUGAAAGUCCUUCAAUUUUCAGGCAUGAAAGUAGCAAAGAAAUGGUUCAGUGUCACUAACUGAAUCGUGUUGUUUUAGUUUUGAUUCUGGCACUUUAAAGAAAUUAUACAGUAUAUGUAUUAGAAAAGGUCAGUUUCAAAACACAUUUGAAUCCAUUAAAUAGAGGGCAGUUUUCAAUUGUAUAUGAAUUAGUUUUAGAUUUGGAUAUAACUGUGAAUUUUACUCUUGUCAAAUGGUGGAAACCUUCAUUUGAAACAAAACUCUGUAUUUAUUUUGCAUUGAUUACAUUCUUAUGUGAGUGUUGAGGGGAAAAAUCUUGUAAAUGAAAUUAAAAUCAGUUCUGGUUUGCUUCCGAUUGUACUGAACAGUCAAAAAGAAACAACAGUUACAUUUGUGUGCAGCAUGUCUUUGCUUUUGUUUUCCUCAACACUGAAAAGAUUGGACGCUUUGUUUCAACAAAGGAGGAUUAAAUCUGGAUAACAUCGCUGGAGUCGGGACACAGCCUUCGCAUGUGAACUAACAUGGACUCGUAUCACAUUUAAUGGAAGUGAGUAUUUAUUAAUUUACUCGAUGAUAAAAGCCACUGGAGACCGCAGCGUCUCUUGGCUGUUGCUUUACCAUCCUAAUGCCAUGUGCUCACAUGGAGCAUUAUACUUGAUCUAAUGAGGAGACUGUGGUAUGUUUGUCAUUGCACUGGUGAGUAGCCUUGUAGUAGAUCAUUGUACGCGUACUAGAUUUUCAUACUAUUACUCGUACAUGCACCUAUUACUGAUGUAUUUGGGGAUAAUUCAUCUACAAAAUAGCAAUACUGUGAGAAAAUUAGGUACACAUUUUAAUCUAGGCUCUGCAUUGUUGUCUGAACUGUCUACAUGCACCUGUUAAUGUGUUUUCACCCUCUGUGGGAAAAGAUCAUGUUAUUGGCUUCACAAAAAGCUCUGAUCGCAUUCUGUGUAAAUUCUACUCUUUGUCUCCUCGUCUCUUUCCUCAACCUCGUUGGCAAAAGUUUGUGAAAAUUGUUGGGGAAAAUAUCAAAGGGGAAGGGGAGCAUCUUUACAAGCUUACUCUAAAGAAUAUAUUGAUCCUGGUUACCAUGAUUAUACUGAAAUUGACAUGUCCGUGGUUGUAAAGAUGUAAAUGCUCUUUUGCAGAUGAAGAUAAAUGUCCAGAGAGUGGACAUUUGGGAGUCUUAGUAGAUUUUCGAGGUGAGAAAGGACCCUUGAGAUGGGAGAUAUGGGAGCAAAUGUCAUUCUUCAUAACAUAAUUGUAUGAUUAUUGAUUUUCUGUUGUACAAUCAGAUGCACCUGUGUAGAUAUGAUCUCUUUCUGUAACUAAAAUGAUUUAGAUACCCUUCGUCUUGAGUGUAUAUUUUAAUGAAAAAUAACAAAUAAAUUUACAUGAGCUGCAAA